CACAAACCAUUAAGCGAUCAAAAAACUAAAUUAAAACAAAUUCUUGAGAGAUUCUUGGAACAACACAAGAAAAAUAUGAAACGUAGAAUGUGUUUAAUGUUGUUUAUAGCUUUAAUGGCAGUGAUAUCCACAGUUUCUGCUCAGUCGAGUUGCACAAAUGUCCUAAUCAGCAUGGCGCCGUGUCUCGGCUACAUCACCCAAAACACUUCUACUCCGUCUCAACAAUGUUGUAGCCAGUUGGCUCAUGUUGUUCGAUAUUCUUCUGAGUGUUUGUGUCAAGUUCUCGAUGGUGGAGGUUCUCAGCUUGGGAUCAAUGUUAAUGAGACACAAGCUCUUGCAUUGCCUAAAGCUUGUCAUGUUCAAACUCCUCCGGCUAGUCGUUGCAAUAGUAGUUCUUCGGUUAAUUCGCAUGCAGGAUCAUCAAACACCUCAGAACAUGGAAAUGGAUCAAAAACAGUCUCAUUCCCUCUUCUCGCCAUCCUUUUCACAGCUUCUUACAUCAUAAUCUUCGCAAAAUACUGACUUUUUUUUGUACCUAUAAAGCUUUUGGCCUCUUUAAAUAAAAUAUUCUUUUUAGUUCAUAUUAAAACGCUGUUUAUUGUGGUGAUGUGCGUGUGAUGUAUUUUGUGCUCUAUUAAUCCCUAUACUUUCUAGGUGAUUGGUUUGUAGUUCAAAGAGUGUGUUGUAUUUCUUUGCUUUAUGCAAUAAACAUUAUUUGAAAUA